AUGGAGGACAUUAAAUACAGAGGAAAGAAACGAGAGGGACGACACAGGGAUACAUGGGAUCCUUUCCAGCUGAACCCAAUAGGAGCUGAGAAGGAAGGCAAGAGAAGAUGUUUCCAACUGGCCCAGUCACUGGUGGCUGUUAUUGUUGGGUUAGCAGUCUUGGCCAGUGCCAUUAUCGCUAAGGGCUCUCUCCUGGUGUUGUCAACAAUGUCCAGUCCAACCUCCAUGCGCAGCCCAAAGGAAAAACAGUUCUACAUGCUAAUGUUGGUUUUCUGUCUGGUCUGUCCAAACUUCCUGGUGUUUCUGAAAUCACUGUGGAGGUGUGCUUUCAAGAGCUUUGUACAACCCAACAUGAAGACCAUGUCACUGAUUUGUGCCAUUGAGUGUCUGGUGUCUCUUGGUACUUCAGUCCUUGUGCUAGUUGUUAUGCCUCAGUUCGAUGUGUUGACAAAUCUCUUCAUCAGCGGAGGAGUCUGUAUUGUGUCUGCCAUUCUGCAGAUUGUAUACAGGCUACAGCAAAAAACAUGGAAAAUCCUGUUCCCAAUCUGCUCUCUCACUCUCACAGUUGCAGGUUACUGCCUCCUGGGGGUUGACUACUAUGUUCGUGUAUCAUCACAUGUGGAUCGACAGAGCUCAGACUGCUUCAUCUACGUUGCAAUUGGAAUUUUCUCUUCACUCCUCAUCUCCCUCUGCUGGUGGGAAAAUCCAAUGCAAGCGACUAAUCGCAUGCAGGAAAUGCUGUCAGAAUUGGAUGGUUUCAGGGACUUUGUGUUUGUCAUCAGCAGUAUUUUGAGGAUAAUAGUGAUAGGUGGGGUAUACCUGUUCUACCAUGUGCUUAUUGAGAAAUCUAUCAUCUGGUCAGACUUUAACCUGCAGAGUGAAGACUGGGAAUUACUGCAAAUAGGACUGGUGCUGUUUUUCUUACAGGCCUUCUGCUCAGCAUCCUGCCACUGGUUUGGUGUGGUGGCCUGUAAGAUUCAUUCAGUCAGGAUGAGUUUUGCCCUGCCAGUGUGCUGCACAGGACCUGCAGUGCUACUGUUGGGACUGAUACUUUUCAUGACCCAGGUACAAAAAUUGGACGGAGCACAGGCUGGGAGCAUCACAGAGUUUUGUGAAAGCUUGGCCUACUUAAGCACUAAAAACACAACCCCAGUGGUUUUACUGGAAAUCACAAGGAGCAUAUGUCGAACUUCACUCAACAGCUACUACUUGCAAUGGCCUUUUUCAAUGCUGGCACUGGAGGGAGUGUGUAUGUGGGCAGGCUUCAUCACAUGCACCUACUACGUAUGGAGGAUCAAGGUCCAGCGUAUAGAGAGGACAUCUCAGCUCUUUGUUCGUCGACUCUAUGAAUCUGCUUUCAUUGACCUGUCUCUGCUACUCAACACCAAAAUGAAGGUGGCGCGAGCCAAAAACCACGAGAGCCACGAUAACAUACAGAACAGCGUGAUCUAUCUCUGUGCCACCAUGUGGCAUGAGACCUAUGAUGAAAUGCUGAAAAUCCUCACCUCAAUGUUCAGGUUGGAUCGCUAUAGAGGUGAUCCAAAGGAGGACCACAAGGACUGUUUUGACUUUGAGUGCCACAUUUAUGUAGACGAUGCCUUCAUGACUGAAAAGGACACAGGGAAGAGGCUGGUCAACUCCUACGUUAGUGACUUGAUCCAUGUUGUCAUCGAGGUUUAUAGAGUGUUUACAAACAAAGAACCCGAUGAUGUGUCGAUCAUUGAGACUCCCUAUGGUGGCAGGCUGAUGUUUGUUAUGCCAGAGGGCAACAUGCUCUUUGUUCACCUAAAAGACAAAACUCUCAUCAGGAACAAGAAAAGAUGGUCCCAGAUUAUGUACUUGUACUAUUUACUGGGCUGGAAAGGCUACAUCAUCAAGAACCCUCAUAAGAUCCCACAUAAUCCACGCAAAGACAGUAUGAUCUCUAUGUAUGGAGAGAUUUUCGUGAUGCGUCAGCAUGACAGUGACUACAAGAGAAGAUUCAUCUCAGACGACAACACUUACAUCCUGGCUUUAGACGGAGAUACGGACUUCCAACCAAAAGCUGUGAUUCUGCUUGUAGACAGAUUGAGGAUGUAUGACAACGUUGGUGCGGCUUGUGGUAGAAUCCAUCCUACUGGCAUGGGUCCCAUGGUGUGGUACCAGAAGUUUGAGUAUGCAGUUGGCCACUGGCUACAGAAGACAGCAGAGCAUGUGUUUGGCUCUGUGCUGUGCAGUCCAGGAUGUUUCAGCCUGUUUCGAGGAUCAGCCUUAAUGGAUGACAAUGUACUGAAAAGAUACACAACAACUGCAACCAGAGCCUCAGAAUAUGUGCAAUAUGACCAAGGGGAGGAUCGUUGGCUGUGUACUUUGUUGCUGCAACAAGGCUGGCGUGUCGAAUACAAUGCUGCAUCAGAUGCAUAUACCAACUCACCACAGGAGUUUAAAGAGUUUUAUAACCAGAGGAGACGAUGGGGACCAUCCACACUGGCGAAUACACUGGACCUUCUGCACAGUGGUGCAGAGACAGUGAAGAGAAACUCAUCCAUCUCCAGGCUUUACAUCCUCUACCAGAUGUUCACUGUUGGUUCCUCUAUCCUUGGUCCGGCCUCUGUGACUCUCAUGAUAGCAGGUGCUUUCCAAUUUGUCUUCAAAAUCAGUGGAACACUUUCAAUCAUCAUCGCAAGCAUUCCUCCUGUGUUCUACAUCAUCAUCUGUUUUGUAGCCAAGCCUAACAACCAAAUAACAAUUGCUGCCAUCAUGAGUGUUCUAUACGCAUUCCUCAUGACUGCAUCCUUCUUUUCUAUCAUCGGUGAAAUGGUGAUGCAGGGCACCUUCCUGACACCCACUGGCUUGUUUUUGGUUUCAAUGGCAAUCAUGUAUGCAGUGACAGCUUUACUUCAUCCAGAGGAGUUUGGCAUGAUUAUCUACGGUCUGAUGUAUUUCAUCUGUAUCCCUAGUGGAUACCUCCUACUGACUAUCUACUCACUGGUCAACAUGCACAUUGUGUCCUGGGGCACAAGGGAAUCCAACAAGGGAGAAGAAGUAGUGAAGAAGGACCAAAAUAUUCUGUGUGACAAAAACUGUAGACUCUGCUGCUGGGACAUGAAAUUACAGAUAACACAAGAAACAGAGAAUCUGAUGAUUCGACAGAUCACAGGCCAGACUGCACCGAAAGACCCUCCUCUUCCAGUCACCUAUCAGGACUUAUUAACUCAACAGACAGCUGCAGAUACAGAGCCUCAAGCCAAUGUUGACAUAUCCAAAACUGUGGAAGGAGCUAUGAAACCUCCAAAUGGCAAACCAAACGGGAAGGCGGGAAAAGAAAAUGACACUGACAACUGCAGCAGCAAUGACAGCAUCGACAAAAGGAGCAUAACAUCAAGUGUAGCCAGCGAAGAUGACGGUGAGGAUGACGAUGACUCUAUGUUUAACCUAGAAGAAACAGAGGAACUCCCUGUCAGAGACUGGGUAGAGCCAGUAAAAGAGGAGUUUUUGAAGAAGCUGACUUUUGCCAACAUGAAGAGAAAUCUACAAGCGCAAAUAAGAUACGUACUCCGUAACAAAAAUGAGGAUGAUGUGUGUGAAGAUUUGGUCUCAAUGUUAACAAACACUCUUAAUGAAGAGCUAAGUGGAGUGGGCCCUGAAGAUAUUUUGUCAGAAAGCCAGCUGGAGGAGUUACAAUCUACAUUGGAAGAGCGGGCUCGGCGAACCCUCAUAACCAGUCAAAUGGAAAAAUUAGAGAAGAGAGUAAACAUAGCCAUCAAGAAAACACUCAGCGCCCCGCAAGUGCAAAAACUUGAUGAGGGUGAGCAUGACUUCUGGAACAAAUUGAUUGAUCGCUACUUGAAACCUAUUGUUGACACAAAAGCACAUCUGGAGGAAGUCACCAGAGAACUUAAGUCACUACGCAACAAGGCAGUCUUCCUGUAUUUCAUCGUCAACGUGCUGUGGGUGGUAGCUACCUUCUUUCUGCAGGCCAUUGGAAAUGAUGUCAUCAGCAUCAAGAUCCCUAAAUACUUUCCAAAUGGAACUGAAUCUGGAGUCCUCAAGGUGGAGCCUCUUAGUUUGAUGUUCCUGCUGUCUUUUGCUAUUCUUCUCAUUAUCCAGUUUCUGGCCAUGUUAUAUCACAGAGUCUACACUUUGAUCCAUGUGGUGUCCUAUCGCAGCACAGAAAAAGACUACAAACUGAGAGAAGAUAAGGAGGAAGAUGAUGAUGGCUUGACUCUGGAGAACACCACCGUCACUGGACUUUCCAUCACUGGUGAUGAUCUGUUACUGUAA